GAUGGCUCUCGUGGGAAACCCUAGAUCCCCAAAUUUCUCGAAUGGGGAAAGAGCAUGCGAUUUCGGUGUGUGUGGUAAACGAAAUGAGAUUGAGGAAAUCGACUCCGGCAUGGCAAAGAAGGCAAAGGCAACGAGGGAGGAAUCGCAAUUCAAUUCCGCCAUGGCAACAAGGGAGGUCUCGGAAUCCGGUCUAACCAAAAUCGAUUCCGGCAUGGCUAAGGAAACGCGGGAGGUUUCGGAAUUCACAGAUUUCAGUGGUAUACUGAGUUUGUUCACGCAUAGGAUGAGCAAAGAUUUCGAUCCAAAGGCACAGUAUUUCAUAAAUACGAGGGAACAUAAAUACAGAGACCUCGACAUGAUAAAGGAGAUUGAAGAACAUCCUUAUAACCGCAAGCGUUAUCUCAAAUACCUCAGACAAGUUCGCAAUAGUGGUGGUUUUGAUGUGGAUGUGAUUAUUCCUGCUUGGCUACGUCAUGGCUGUCCUUAUCUCCAACCUCUUCAGUUGUCUCGUCCCGGCCUCCGUCAGAUUGCGUACAAGCUAGCAAAGUUUGCUAUCAAAGAAAUCAAUGUUGACAUGAAAAGCAAAGCUUUUAAGCUUGUGGAAGUUGUCAAGGCAGUAACGACAGACAUGUGCCAUGCCCUAGCAUAUUUGACUCUGGCUGUGAAAAAAAAAGGUGCUACUUCGACUCUCACUAUCCAAGCAAUUGUCUUCUGUCCCCGGCCUGGCCUUGACCCUUGGGACCUCCGCCAGUGGAUGGUUAAGCCAGACGCCCAGGCUCAACCAAUGGAGGUGGAGCCUUGAUUGUUCCAAUUCUGCUACUAUGUUAGAUAUUUUGAAUAUGUCUUGUUUUAACAAGUUUCAUGUCCAAUGGAUUUGUCAUGUUUCCACUUAUAUUGAAUAUGAACAAGUCUGAAAUCUAACUAUUUCUAUAUGACGGGGGGAGUAUUUGGUUA